UUGAGAGGUUUUGAUACGCCCAAUUGAUUUAAAUAUCGGCUCGAAUUAGUCACACUAAGAUAAUUGUAUCAGUAGCCUACAUGUCAAGCUAAUAGACAUGGCUGUGAAUUGUAUUUAAUCGUAGAAGCAGCUAGUUAACGUUACAGGUUGAUGUUUACAGUUUCUCAACUGUGUGGAUGCACGUUGCGUAAAAGAUUUGGUGUGAACAUUUGGGCCAUCAUCAAAAUCAAAGGGAUAUGUUGUUGGGAGCUUACACAAGUGCACAAGAUAGUGGAUGCAACCAAGCCAAUCUAUGUCAGAUAAGCAUCGCUUGCCGUUAAUUUGACAGGACCUGUACAGAUCCAGUCUGUCGAUCUAUUUUUCGGCCACACAUGAAAACUAACUUGUAUUUGGAUAACUACUUUUCUCUACAGGAAAGCACAAUGUAUCAAAGCCCAGUUGGUGACUUGGAAACACUUAGACAGUCCAGGAAGAGAGUUAAGAGUAUCCUGUCUGACAUCGGACUGGAGAGUUGUAACAAGUUAUUCGAGGAGUUGAAGAGUUUUGACACUGGUGAUGAGUGCUUCAACAACACAGAGUGGGAUGACCUCACUGAGGGAUACAGUACCAAAAGGAGGAAAAAGUGGUGCUAUAGGUCAGAAAAGUUUUGUUGCAACCUGUGCUGGUUCUCCACAUGGUCCUGGUACACCUUCAGAGGGCAUGUGCAGCGCUGCCACGAGGAGGAACUGGAUCUGGCCUCGCUGUCCUCCUGCAAAAGCUGCUCCUUCAUUGGCCACCCCCGUACCACCGACCACCACGUCAAAAUCUUCCACUCAACAGCCAAGCCGGUCUCCAGCUCAAGCCGAGCGGCAGUGUCAAAACCUACUACUACUACUACUACUACUAAAGUCGUGCCUGUCGUCAGCAAUCCACCAGAUAGGUACACUUGUCGCAGCUGUGGCUACCAUGAUUCGUUGAUUUAUGUGAUGAAGAAGCACGUGUUGGUAAACCACUAUGCGACACUGCUGAACCGCUACUUUGGGCAUCGAGAACAGAAGAACGCUGAUGGCUCGAUGUACUAUUGCAAAAUGUGCAAUCUGCCUGCACAGACUUGCGAACACCUGCUUUAUCAUAUUUUAAGUUCGGAGAAACACAAAGAACUGGAAGUGCAUAUAAAACCGUUUGUAUGUGAAAAUGAUGGAUUUAAUAAUACACAGAAAAAACUUCCCAGUUUAGCACCAAAGGCAGGACAAAAGACCGCCACCAAGACCCCUAUGACUGUAGUGGCCCAGAAACGGCAAAACUCCUCAACGGGUACUGUACUUUUGGCCGCACCAAGGAGCACCACUGCUUUGCUGUGCGCCUCAGGCUCAAGGCAGAUGUAUAUUCCAUCACAGGCAUCAGCCAAAAACAUAUUACUUUCCAAUGCUUCUGUGUCUACACUGCAGAAUGCCUCGCAGACCCCUGCACGCUCUCCUGCUCCGACUGCAGUGAAGACGGGCUUCAGUAUGUUUGUGCCAAACUUGAAUCCCAAUGCACCCAAGCAGGUUCCCAUCGCUGUGAGGGUCCCCAGUCUACCACAGACACAAUCCCGCCAAGUCGUCCUCCCAUCUAAAUUUCACAUCAAUAUCCCUGGUAGGAUGGGGCCACGACCUCCACAGCCUCUUCUGGUGACGCCGAACCACGCCAUGCCACCACUUCUGGCUUCUCAGUCCAUCCGGCUGAUUCCCACAGGGAACAACGUCAAUGGAGUACCAACCUACACCCUUGCACCGGUCCAGGUCACAGUUCCAGUUCAACCUGGCGGUUCCCAAGUUGUUGGCAAAGGCCCAGUGGUCUUGACCCAGAAUAAUGUUACCACUGUCCAGCAGCUCAAUACACCAAUGUCACCUGGUGCCACAGGAAUGUUUGCAGAAAAGAAGCUUGCUUUGUCAAGAUCAAAGAUGAACGAGCUAGCUGUCUUGUCACCUUUUCUAAAGACUGACAAUAAAACAGUCAGGUGUUUAAAAUGCAAAAUUCUACUCACUGAGAAGGGGAUUUUUCACCAUUUGUUGCAUGGCUUGAAGUGUCUCUUCUGUCCAGCAAUGUUCUAUUCUGUCAAACAGAUCAUGGAUCACGCAAACACAGAACAUAGUCUGUCUGUCAAGGAAAAUCGUGAUUUCCUCAAGAGAGAAUUCCAAAUUGACACCAAUGAACAAGGUAAUCUUGUGUUUACCUCUUUCGACUUAAACACAAAUAUUCCUAAAGAGCAAAUUGGGGACAAGGAACUCAACCUGGUGUUAGUAACUGGUGGUCUUGAGAAGAUAUUCAUGAAGAUGUACCCAGAGUCCUCGAAGGUGGUUGGAACAGUGUCUGCCAAGCAUUUCUCCACUGGCUGCCCGCUUUGUAAAGUGAGAAUCCUGAACAAAGAGGACUAUGAUUUGCAUCUGAAGACCAAGCACCACAUUAUGUCCACCAUCCAUGCCAUUUUAAAAACUCCUGCAUUCAAAUGCAUUUAUUGCUUAGGUGUUUACACAGAGAAGUUCACCUCCAAAACCAUAUCCAUACAUGUCCAACGAUGCCGGUGUGCGCCCAAGUCUGUUAAAGAUGCAGAAAGGCUAAUAUACCCUGACCCAAACAACCAAGUCAGCAAUGGUGAGGUGGUCCAGCCCAAAGUGGGUGGCAGUGCCCCACAACAGAAGAGAAUACCCACAGGAAACAAAUUCAACGGAGCACCAAACUAUACCUUUGCUCCAGUUCGGGUCACUGCACCAGUCCAGGCAGAUGAUGCUCGACAACUCUGCAGGAGACCAGUGGUGGUGACCAAGACCAACACCACUACAGUUCCAGGUGGGAAGGUGGUACGCAAAGAACCAAGGUCAGCUCAGUCGAAAGGCCUCGCUAACCCAAGGGGAUUGGAGAUGAAGUCUCAACAGGCUCGGAAGGAAUUGCUCAAUAAGUAUUUCAACCAAAAGCCCUACCUGACUGAGACGGAGACGGAGACCCUGGCAGCACGUCUAUGGUUGAAAAGACCAGACGUGGUUGCUGCCUUUGGUAAGAAGCAAACCAUGUGUAUGAAAGCCAUCAACACCAAGAGGACUGCAGUGCUUCUGGGGUUUAACAUGGCAGAGAUGAACAAGGUGCAACACAAUCUACUUGUUCCAGAAGUUCAUACAGUUAAUGCCAGUGUUGAUGUAUCUGUAUAAACAGGAGUCUUUAUAAAGUCAGAAAAUAGUUGCUAGUUGAAUUCAUUUAUGCUUGUUGGAGCUUUUCUUGUACAGUUCACCCAAAGCCCUUGACAUUAAUUUCUGUGUAAACCGGAAAGAAAACCGACAAAGGCCAGUUGCAGAUUUCACGUUAUGUUUUUCUGAGUUAUUGUUGAAUUGUUUGUGAAAGUAAAGUUUUAAGAGGAGUUUAUAAUUUGUUAUCUUAUGUCAGACAGUAUAGGCCUUUUGUAUCUUUUAAUCACCACAUGUAAAUGGGAGACUGUUCUGUGUAAUUUGGGCAAACCUGUAAGAAGUAUACAUAUUUUUUUAGUUGGUCAAUAAAGGGCCAUUUAGACUUGCAUAUAACCUACAAAUCGGUCAGACUAUAAAUGAAGCACAUUCUAUUUAACAUGAUAGGAAAAGACCCCAUAUCACAUGGUGUAGUAUGGUUUAUGAAUAUGAGGAAACAUGUAUAAGUGCCUGUUAUUCCAUAAAUGCUCUAAUGCAGUGCUGACAAAUAUGACAUAAUACCUGCAGAAGUUUUUAAUAAAUCGCUGAAACAUUAAAUAACA